GGCGGCUACCAUGGCCAGCACUCAUCGACUAAUCGGCGAACAGUUCUCCGAUCUUCCUUAGCCAUACGAAGAAUGGACUAUGUUCACUGAUUUUACUUUUGAAGUUAGAUUGAAGCAUUCGUAAGAUGUCUUUGGCACUCUUUAAGGGGAUACAAUUCUAUGCUCCUAAGCAAUACUCAUUCCCAUAUUUUCGCAGAAAACAUGUCGCUUUAUAUUGUACUGUGAAGAAUUUACAAAACCAGACUGAAAAACAGCUCCAAGGGCCACCAAAAAACAAUCCAAAACGACUCGAUAACAUUUUGAAAGAUUAUGAAGCAAUCAUUGGUAUUGAAACCCACGUGCAGCUUUCAACUCAUACAAAGGCCUUCUGUAGCUGUCCUUACACUUAUGGGGCUAUUCCAAAUACUAACAUUUGCCCCGUUUGUGUGGGUUUACCUGGGGCCUUGCCAGUUUUAAACUCAAAGGUUAUAGAAUCUGCUGUAAAAGUUAGUCUUGCACUCAACUGUAAGCUAUCUAUGACCUCAAAGUUUGACAGGAAGCAAUACUUUUAUCCAGACCUCCCAAAGGGAUACCAAAUAUCACAGUUUGAUAUACCCAUUGCAACUGGUGGUUAUCUUGAUCUGGAUAUACCUGUUGAACUUGGUGGUGGACAUAGGAGGUUUGGGAUUACAAGGGUUCACAUGGAAGAAGAUGCCGGGAAGCUGNUUGCCAGUUUUAAACUCAAAGGUUAUAGAAUCUGCUGUAAAAGUUAGUCUUGCACUCAACUGUAAGCUAUCUAUGACCUCAAAGUUUGACAGGAAGCAAUACUUUUAUCCAGACCUCCCAAAGGGAUACCAAAUAUCACAGUUUGAUAUACCCAUUGCAACUGGUGGUUAUCUUGAUCUGGAUAUACCUGUUGAACUUGGUGGUGGACAUAGGAGGUUUGGGAUUACAAGAGUUCAUAUGGAAGAAGAUGCCGGGAAGUUGCUUCAUACUGGCAACAAGAGUUACUCUCAGGUUGAUUUGAAUAGAGCAGGGGUCCCGUUGCUUGAAAUUGUCUCUGAACCUGAUAUGAGAACUGGUAUUGAAGCCGCAGAGUAUGCCUCAGAAUUACAACGAUUGGUCAGAUAUUUGGGGGUGAGUAAUGGUAAUAUGCAAGAAGGAUCACUUCGCUGUGACGUCAAUAUCUCUGUUCGUCCAAUAGGGCAGUUGGAAUUUGGUACAAAGGUAGAAAUAAAGAACUUGAACUCGUUCUCAUCAAUGAGUAGGGCCAUUGAUUUUGAGAUUUCAAGACAGGUAAUCCUCCAUGACCAGGGCCAGGGUGACCAGAUUGUACAAGAGACUCGUCUAUGGGAAGAAGGUGGUCAGAAGACAAUUACCAUGAGGAAAAAAGAAGGGCUUUCUGACUACCGAUAUUUCCCAGAGCCAGAUCUUCCUGGGGUAUCAAUCACUGAUAACUAUGUUGACAGUAUUUACAAAUCACUCCCUGAACUUCCAGAAAUGAAACGGCGGAGGUAUGAAAAGAUGGGAUUGAGCAUGCAGGAUGUACUUUUCCUCGCUAAUGACGCUAAUGUUGCAGAAUUUUUUGAUGCAACUAUUGCUGGAGGGGCAGAUAUUAAGCUGACCACUAAUUGGAUGAUGGGUGACAUAGCUGCAUACAUGAAGAACGAAAAGAUAUCCAUCAAUGAUAUUAAACUUACCCCUCAUGAACUCGGCGAGCUCAUAUCUGCAAUUAAAGAGGGGACUAUCAGUGGGAAGAUUGGGAAAGAGAUUUUGUUUGAGAUAAUGGCCAAAGGUGGAACUGUGAAGGGGAUGAUACAAGAAAAGGGGUUGGUUCAGAUUGUAGACCCUCAAGAGAUAGAGAAAAUGGUCGAUAAAGUAAUUGCUGACAAUCCGAAGCAAGUAGAGCAGUAUCGUGGUGGCAAAACAAAAUUGCAAGGUUAUUUCGCUGGCCAGGUGAUGAAGGAAUCCAAAGGCAAGGCAAAUCCGAAGCUUCUGAACAAAAUUCUCUUCAAAAAGUUGAAUGCCGAGACCUAAUAUAACCUAUGUCUUCAUGGCGGUCGUCUUCUUCCCCAAUGCGUGACACUUCAAAGUACAGAUUGCCCAAGCACUCGGCCAUGGUAAGGUUGUAAGGAUCAACAACUUCAUGAUCGGCAACAUCACUAUGAUACUUGAAGCUCAAGUUGUUGUCGACGGCGAGGUGAGUGAGUAUAGCCAUAAUUGUAGUGUUUAGUAUUGUCGAGGAAUGGAUUAUUGUUUUUUGGACACAAUAAUGUAAUGACAUUAGGGGGUUAACC